GGAAAUGGAGAAGAUCCACUUGAUUCGGUGUUCAAAGGAGGAAAUGGAGAAGACCCACCUGAUUCGGUGUCUAGCGGAGGAAAUGGUGAUGACCCACCUGAUUCGGUGUCCAGCUCUAAAGACAACGCAGACCCACCUGAUUCGGUACAACGACGGAAAGCCAGAGAUCCAUGUCCAGCCCUAAAGACAACGACGGAAAGACAGAGAUACUGGGAUCCAGCCCUAAAGACAAGUACGGAAAGCCAAAGAUACUGGUAUACAGGAGGAAAUGGAGAAGACCCACCUGAUUCGGUGUUCACCAGAGGAGGAAAUGGAGAAGACCCACCUGAUUCGAUGUCCAGCCCUAAAGACAAGUACGGAAAGCCAAAGAUACUGGUAUACAGGAGGAAAUGGAGAAGACCCACCUGA